GCUCACGGAUAUCGAAAUCUAGUGCUGCCACAGUGCCUGGAUUUCCUGCGGGCUGAGAGAUCUCAUGGACGCCUGUGUGGGAGAACUCUGGCACUGUACAUCCCAGAGCUCUCACGGCUGCCAGAGCUUCUUUCAUUUUCACUUUUCGGCGCGCUUUUCUGCGCAGCUCCACGCGAGCUGCAGGAGCCGCAGGUCUCGGGGGCUCCGGCGGUGUCCGGGCAGCCUCUGACGGAGCUCCCGGUGCCAGGGGGGAGCGGAGCUCGGGCACGGACCGCGGGGCUGGCGCUGGAAACCGCCUGGAGGGCAGCGACACGGCUGGGCGGGCUGGCAUCGCCUGGGAACGGGUGCUGAGGACGAGCUGCUGCCGUGGGCACCGGGGACAGGCUGCCGCUGCCGCAGAUGUGCCGGGAGCGGCGGCGGCAGCGCCGAGCCCCGCUGAUCCCGCAGCCCCGCGGCGGGCGGGCGCGGCGCGCCGUGCUGCUGCUGCUGGGCGCCUGUGCCGCCGCUCUGCUCCUCGCCGGGCAGCCCCUGCUGCCCACCGCCCGCAGCCUCGCCUUCCACUUCGCCACCCUGCAGGCCGGGGAGCUGCUCAAGGGCCUCUGCUACCUGGCCGAGGAGAUCUUCCACCUGGAGUCCAGGCACCACGGCAGCUUCUGGAGGGCCCUGAGCAGCUGCCUCUCCCCACGCUGGCACGGGCCCAUGCUGCUCGUCUGUGGCUCAGCCUGCGUGGCUCUCCUCGGUGAUGGACAGAAACUCGGCCUCCACCUCAUCCUGGCCAGUCUGUGCCAGCUCCUCAUCCUUGCCCUGGGCCUCCAGAAGCCCUCAGCAGUGGAGAUGUCUGAGAUGUCCGAGAGGUCCAAGCAGAACGUCGCUCAUGGGCUUGCCUGGUCCUAUUAUGUUGGGUACCUAAAAAUAAUCCUGCCACGGUUGAAAAAGUCCAUGGAGGAAUUCAGCAGAGCCAAUCCCAACCUGCCAGCGUGCAGGAAGACCUGGAAGCUCCACAUCUUGUUCCCUCUGAGCUGUGAGAUCUAUGAUGACCUAGAGAAAGCUGACAGCAAUAUCCAGUACGUGACAGAGCUCACUGAAACCAUUCUGGCCCGAGCUGGCAUCAAAAAGAGGGUGUACAAACACAGCCUCUACGCAAUCACAGAUGAAGAAAACCAGCUCUGGCACUGUGCUGUGGAAUAUGCCACCCCGCUGCAGACCCUCUUCGCCAUGUCCCAGGAGGACUGUGCUGCCUUCAGCCGGGAGGAGCGCCUGGAGCAGGCCAAGCUUUUCUACAGGGCCUUGGAGGAGAUCCUGAGAGGCUCCAAGGAGUGUGCAGAUGCCUACAGGCUCAUUGCCUACGAGGAGCCAGAAGAAGCAGAGCCCCACUUUUUGUCCAGGGAGAUCCUGUGGCACCUGCGGCAGGAGCACCUGGAGGAGGUGGCCGUGCUGGAGCUGAGCCACCCGCACACCCCGUGCACGACCCUGGACUCGGCAGAGCUCAACCUGCAGAUCAGCGUGUCCGACCUGCCCCAGCCCCUGCGCACCGACGGCUUCUGACACACCCUCACUGCCCCUGGGCACCAGUGCCAGCCACGGCUGCAGCCCCAGCUCCCCCCAAACCUCCUGUGCACCCCCGAGCAGCUGACUCAGCCCACAGCCCUGUGACACGCUUCCCAUUUUCUUUGUUAUGUGCAGCUCUGAUGUUCUCCUGUGGGUGUAUUGGGUUUUUUAUCUGUUUUUUGGCAUAUAAAACACUUUCCUCUUCUGGA